GCAUGAUCUUCUGGCAGAAUUUCUCUGAGCUGAACUGGACACUUUUUUUGGCCCAACCAACCUCGGGAAGUUCGUGAAGAUGAAGUACCCACCAGGUGGGCGAACUCAACGUCACACCCUAGAAUCAGAGCUCCCGCGUUACCUGCACUACAAAUGCCGUUCACGAAGUACAUAUCCCUCGGCCCCAACUCAUAACUCUCAAGAGUGUGAAUAUGAGGACGGGUAUGACCGGCGACCAAGUUUGCGAAGAAGCUCCAAAGUCUCAGCGGGGCGCCCACAGAACAACUACCGUCGCAGAUCAGACCCUCUCUCGGCCCACGAACAACAACAAGAAAGCAGGUACAUGACUACGGACAGCAUACUGCUUCAACAAGCUUGUGAAAAUAUUCAAAGGCCUGCCUCAGAGAUUGUGAAAUUCCAGACAUUCGCCGAGAAACAAGUGGACGAUAGUGCGCGGCAGGCGGGUGACUUCGACGAGAGCUCAGGAAAUAAACAAGUUCGGCAUAACACAGCUGCUCGCCGUGGCUCAGAUUCUCGAGAUCGUCGUCUUGCGGGAAACGGACGCGACUCCGAUACAAGAUACGAGAUUUCACAAGAACGCCAAAAGAUGGUCUCUUCCACUCGCAUCUCAAAUCUCCUCCUCAAUACAUCCAGGUAGCUCCGACCACCAACAUGAAAAGGCAGAAGGUGC